UUCUCUCAGAUUAAAAAUCACUUCUUUCUCCUUUCUUCUUCUUCUUCAUUGUUUCCCUCCUCUCUCUCUCUCUCGACCGGAAGAUUCAGUAAAAUCACCACCUUCCCGGAGAUGGGAAAAUACAUCAAGAAGUCAAAAAUCACCGGAGACAUCUCCGUUAAAGACAUCUCUCACCCAACCACUCUAGGUUUCCGUACUAGAGCCGCCGCCAAAAACCUCUUCCUCCAUCGUCUCCGUUCUCAUUCCGACCAAGCAGACUCCUUAAACUACCUCCAGCUCAGGAGCCGCCGUCUCGUGAAGCUUCCAUUACCCUUCAGUGCCAAGAAACAGCAACGGCUCAUAAGUGUCGACCAAUGUCAAACGAGAAACCCUAGGGCUAAAAAUGUCCCGGCGGAGACGAAGACGGCGGCUCUGGUGACUGAGACGGAAGAAGAUUGUAAUUUUGGAGAGAAAAGUUUCGAUUUUGAAUCAGAAAAUAGGAGUAAGAGAGAAAGAGACUCAAAAGCUUUACAAAGUGAGAUUGAAGACUUCUUUGCACACGCAGAGCAACAACAACACAGAUUCUUCAUUCAAAAGUACAACUUUGACAUUGUCUCGGAGAAUCCAUUGCCAGGGCGUUACGAAUGGGUCAAAGUGGCGCCAUGAAAUGAAAUGCGUCGUUUUGGAUGUAAAGUUGUGUGCUUUAGGAAACAUCUGUGUUGGAACAGAGGCGAUGAAGUUACACACAGACUAACUGUGGGGAGUUUUUUCUAGGGUUGGUGUAUAACUUGUUAGUCAAGAAUAAUGUAAUGUUAAUCUGUCUCAAUUUGCAACUAAAUAAAGUCUAAUUUUACUGGAUUA